CAAUGAUAGGGCCGAUGAUGAUUCAUCUUCAGUCCUGUAAUCAUCAACACUACAUCUAAUUUUUACAUUUUUUCAUCUUAAUCAUAUUAUAUUAAUAAUAAAUGAAUAUAUUUUUCUGUUCUAGUUUGUUUGGACUUUUUGUUUAACAUUGUUUGUCUUCUUUUGGCUUCUUUUUGUGUUUUUAAAGUUAAUCAAAAUUGUUUGUUUGUUUCUUCUUAAUCACGGUGGAACUUUCAAAGGUAACAGAAGCCACUUAGUAAAGAAAUGGCUUCUUUCUUGGAUAGGAUUGGUAAAAUAUUUAAAGGUAGCAGUGUUAAUGAGGUGAAAAGGAAAAAGAUAUGCCAUAAUAUAAGAUUUAAUGAAAAUCCUGAGGAUUUUUGGACUCUAGUCGGAGAACUUGGUGAUGGUGCUUUCGGUAAAGUUCAUAAGGCACAACACAAACAAACGGGACGUUUUGCGGCAGCCAAGAUAUGUGAACUUAAAGGAGAGGAUGAAUUGGAAGACUUUACGGUGGAAAUUGAUAUUCUCAGUGAAUGUUGCCAUGAAAAUAUUGUUCAACUAUAUGAAGCUUUUUUCUUUGACGAUAAACUUUGGAUUCUUAUUGAAUUCUGUGAGGGUGGAGCUAUUGACACUAUUAUGCUUGAUCUGGAUAAACCGUUGACAGAGCCACAGAUUCGUUACGUGUGCCAUGAAAUUUGCAAAGGCCUCUCUUUUCUUCAUAAAAAAAAGAUAAUUCAUCGUGACCUUAAGGCUGGAAAUGUUUUGUUGACUCUGGAUGGAGGUGUUAAAUUAGCCGAUUUCGGUGUAUCAGCAAAAAAUACCCAUACCUUACAAAAACGUGAUUCGUUCAUAGGUACACCUUAUUGGAUGGCACCCGAAGUUGUUAAAUGUGAAGCAUUUCGUGAUAACCCUUAUGAUUAUAAAGCUGAUAUUUGGAGUUUAGGUGCAACAUUAAUCGAGUUUGCCGAAAUGAACCCUCCUAACCAUGAGAUGGCUCCUAUGAGAGUUUUACUCAAAAUACAAAAAUCCGAUCCACCAAAAUUAUACAGACCACAACGUUGGUCUAAAGAGUUUAAUAAUUUUCUAGAACGAUGCCUUACUAAAGACCCAUCUUUACGUCCAAGUGCUGAUGAAUUAUUAAAACAUCCUUUUAUUGCACAAGCAACUGAUUCUAAGCCUAUUCGAGAUUUAAUUAGUGAAUACAAAGCUGAAAUAGUUGAAGAAGUUCUUACCACGGAUAACGAAGAAGAAUCUUCUGAGAUUUCAUCGACCAAUCCGUUAGAGAGUGAUUUACAAACUAAAAAGGAUGAAUCACGAGUUGCUGCUAACAAAAAGCGAAUAGAUUAUAAGGAAGCUGCGACAUCAGAAUCAGGAAAUGAAAUGUCAAACCCACCAAAUAAUGUGAAAAAUAAACCUAAAGCUCCACAACCUCCACCGCCCCCUCCUCUUCCGCCACCGACUGUACCUUCAACAUCGUUGUCAUCAUCAUCAACAUUAGCAUCAUCAACAACGACACCAUCACCCUCAUCUCUUUCAUCAUCAACUACACCUUCACAAACACAACCAAAGUCACGUGAUGUGCUUGAUAGAACUAAAAUAAUUCAAAGUGAGCAAAAUGAAUGCAACAAAGUGCCUUCAAAUAGUGAAAGUGUUUCAAAAGAAAUUAAAGAAUCUACAAUCUGCAAUAAUAACUCUAAUAACAAGAGGCCUGCACCAAAACCGCCUUGUACCAAUAGUAAUCUAGAUAACCUGGCCAAGGAUAAAAAGGAAGAUGCACCUUAUUUGCCUUAUAAAGAUAAUAUCAAAAAUGUUGAAAAACCUGAAAAGGAUCGAGUUUCAGGUACUAAAGAAAAGUUAGUCACCAUUCGUCCAAAAGAGAAUGAGCUUGAUCACGAUCUUCAUUCACUCAAUAAAAAUUUUGAAAACGAAAGUAAAUUAGCCUCUAGUGAUGAUCAAGGAGUAACUCGAUUCGAGUUGGAUGGACCGAGAAGCGACGAUAAAUCACCGUUAGCCAAUUGUGAUGUAAAUACGGCUAUUGGUGAAGUGACCGUCUCAUCGGAUCACAGUACCAUCAUAGAUAACGUCCACAGUGAUCAAAAUAUUACAGAUAGUAGCCAUGUGUCAAUUGUAUCCAUUGACUAUGGUAAAGAUUUAGCGGCUCGAUCAGAUCGUGAUAAAUUGGAAGAUCUGGUGGAUUUAAUGAACUCAGCCAAUGAAACAAAUGUUAAUGGUUCUUCGUCAGUUAUUUCAUCGCCUAAAAGGUAUACCCCAGACUUGGUUAGGGACGAGAAAACUCCAGAGAAUGAUGUGAUAAUUAUUUCAAAUGAUUACGAUAAUUUAACUGACCAAUUCAGUGGUAUUUCUAAUCAAGAUCGCUUACAUGAUCUUCCAACGACAACUUCUGUUGUAACCGCAUUUACAACAAAUCAUCAUCAACGUCGUGAUACAACAAUGGAUAAUGAAGUCGAUGAUCAUGUUUCUGUUAAAACAAUUUCAUCAGACAGUUCCAAUAGUGGUAAACGAAUAAAAGUUAACCUUAAUUUGGUUUCUGAUAGAGAUGAAACUGAAGCCGGAGCUGAAAGCUCAGAAUCUGAGAAUAAUAGGAAUUCAUAUGUUUCUCCAAGAUCUUCCAUAAGUCGUCAAAGUGUUAACUCAAGUUCAACUACAUCAAACAUACGAAACAGUCUUCACGAAAAUGUUCCUACAUCAUCUUCAUCGUCAUCAUCAGCAACAGCAACAAUAACCACCAAUGAUCCUAAACCCUCCUCCAUAACUGAUUCACCUUCAAGGUUAAAUAUCCAUUCUCGCAUGUUAAAACGGGAAUCAUCGAAUACCGGAAGCUGUACAAGUUUUGCAAGUCUAAAUAGUGAUAAAGAAAGUCGCAAUGGAACAGAUGAUGAUCAAAAUUGUAAAAGAAGAUCUGAAAAGGAAAACAAUAACACCAAUAUGAAAAAUCAUCUCAAGAAAUCCAAUUUCAAUGCUGCCCAAAAGAAGACUUUAACCAGAGUAAGAAAGUUUGUCAUCGAUGGUGAAACUUAUACAACAACAACAAGUAAAGUAAUUUAUGGAGAUGAAGAUAAGCCCAGGGAUGACCAUGUUUUGAGGAAACAAGAACUGCGAGAGUUGAAGAUGUUACAGAAGCUGGAGCAAAAACAAUUUCAAGAUUUAGCUCUCAAAGCUCAACUGGAACGUGAACAAGCUGAGAAGAGUUUUGCUCAAGAAAUGGCAACUUUGUUGCGAAGUUAUGAAGCUGAUCUGGAAGCUCUCAACCGAACACAGAAAAAUUUAGUUGAAAAAGCUGAACAGCAGCAAGAAUUGGAUCUUAAAUUUGCAUCGAAAAAGAUUCGGAUGGAUCAAGAACGAGAGAUGAAAGCAUUUAAAGAAGCCUUGAAACAUGAAGUCAAAUUAUUGAAGGCUGAAAUCGACCAACUUCCCAAAGAGAAAAGAAAAGAUGUUUGGAGAGUGCGAAAAGAAGAGUUGGACUCUGAUCAAAACGAAAGAGAACGACUUUUCAUGGAGAAGCUCAAUGAAACUCACGAUAUUGCAAUGAGACGAAUGAGUGAAAAGUUCCGUAAAACGAUCGCUGAUCUCGAAAAACAUUUUCUCCAACAAAAACAAGUGUUACUCCGUCGAAGAGAAGCAGCGAUUUGGGAACUUGAAGAACGUCAAAUGUAUGAUAAACAUCAACUUGCCAAGAGACAACUUGAAGACAUUAUAAAGCUCCAAAGAAUCCAAAUUUUCACUCGUCAUGAAAAAGAAUUGGAACAGCUAAAAAGAAUGAGCCAAAGACAAGAAGAUCAACUUUUAAAACGUCAAGCUGUUGAAAGAAGACAAUUACCGAAGCACAUUCGAGCUGAGAUGAAAGCUCGUGAAUUAAUGUUCAGAGAAAGCUUAAGGUGCAGCAGUGCUAAUUUGCACAACGUCGAAGACGAACGUGAAAGGAUUCGAAAAUGGCAAGAAAGCGAAAAAUUGAGGUACAAAGCUCAGCAACAAGAGCAAGAAAAUAAACACAGAAAACAAUUAGAAGAUUUAAGGGCAGCCUCUGAAGCCGCUAUAAGAGAAUUGGAACAUUCACAAAAUGAAAAGAGGAAAUCGCUAUUGAACUAUGAAACUAUUAAAGUGAAACAAUUGAAAGAGGAGCACAACAAUGAAAUAAAUAAUUGGAAUGCAAAUCUAAAACCUCGUAAACAGAAACUGGAGAAUGAAUUUGCCAGACAACGUGAAGAACAAGAGAGAUUCUAUGGCAACACAAACCUUUUAAAUGACUUUGCCACGGCAAUUGAGAAAUGUAACCUUCAUGGACAUGGACAUUCUCAUCAUACGAGUUCAAGCAAUUCACCAGCCAGUACUCCCGGUGUCGAUAUGCCAUCCAACAAUUACGCUCUUUGAUGAUCAAUUCAACACAUUUCAUACGAAUAACAAAAACUCAUAUUAUUGGCGUUUUUCGCUUCCAUCAUCCUUCGUUAUCUCCUUUCAUACUUUUCAGAAAGCCAUCUGAGAGUCAAAUUUUAAUCUUCAUACAAGUGGCAUUGAAUAAUAAAAAAAGAUAAAUCAAAAUACCAGUCAUCCCUUUCUUAAGAAAACAAAAACUCAGCAAGAUAGCGGAAAGUCUGCAGUCUUGAUGGUAUCCUGAAUAAUUUAAUAUCUUGGUGAAACACACAUAAUUAUAAAGCCUAAUUUAACAAAUCAAGGAACAAACAGAAUAAAUAUAAAUAACUGAAAAAUUGUAUCAAAUUACUACAAAAUCCAGGUUAAUCUUGAAAUAAACAUGGACUUUUCAUCCCGGAGUUCGUCUACUUUCAAAA